UACAAUUAUAUCGUGUUUUAAUCUACGAUUGUUUAUAUGCUCUUAUUUCGUGUGUAUGUGUGUGUGUAUAUAUCUGUACAAGUGUUCAUGGACAUUCUGAAAGUAAUGUUUUGGAAAUGCAGGUCAAAUAUAUUUCGAAAAAUGUGGGGAAUCUGCUCUAGAGAGAGCUGCAGAAUGUUUUCUUCUUGCUGGAUGUUACAAGGCUGCAGCAGAAGUGUAUGCAAGAGGCAACUAUUUCUCAAAAUGCUUGUCUGUUUGUACCAAAGGGAAACUCUUUGACAUGGGCUUGCAGUACAUUCAGUACUGGAAACAACAUGUAAAUGCAGAUGACGAAAUGGUUAAAAGAAGUAAGGAUAUGGAGGAGCUGAAACAAAAGUUUUUGGAGAGCUCUGCACGUCACUAUCAUGAGCUUAAUGACAAGAGAACAAUGAUGAAUUAUGUUAGAGCUUUUGAUUCAAUGAGUUCAAUACGAAAAUUCUUGCAGUCCUUCGAGUGUUUUGAUGAGCUUCUGUAUCUGGAAGAGGAAUCAGGGAACUUCUUGGAGGCAGCAAACAUUGCAAAGUUGAGAGGUGAACUUCUACAUGGGGCUGAUCUGCUUGGGAAGGGUGCACAAUUUGAGGAGGCCGCAAUUCUCAUUCUCUGGUUUGUGUUUGCUAACUCUCUUUGGUUAGCUGGGAGCACAGGAUGGCCAUUAAAGCAGUCCACAGAGAAAGAGAAGCUUCUAACAAAAGCCAAGUCAUUUGCAAAGAAGUUGUCAAACCAAUUUUAUGGGCUUGUUUGUUCAGAGGCUGACAUUUUACUGAAUAAGCCAAGCAACUUAUUCUUGAUGAAACAAUAUUUAAGUGCUUCUCAGAGGCACAAGAGCACCCGAGGUGAAGUAUUAACUGCUCGAAUGAUUCUAGAUCAUCACCUUCAAUUAAAUAUCUCAAAAUAUGAAUGGAUAGAUGAAUUGGUCUUUGAUCAAGCAAGCUACUCAGAAGAGCAAAUUUCUAGUAACCAGGUUUCCACCGAGACACUGGUCUACUUUUGGAAUUUCUGGAAGGAUAAAAUUAUGCAGAUAUUUGAGUAUCUUGAUCAUGCUGAAAUCCAAGAUAUUAGUGAUUACAGAAGAUAUGAAGAAUUCUGCUUGAAUUAUUUUGAUGUGUGGAGACAAUUUAAUAAUCCACAUACAGUCUAUCUUGUGCUGAAUUCUGAUGCUGAAUGGCUGAGUAAACUGGACGACAAAUAUGUUUGCAGUAACAAGAAGCUGGUUUCUAUUUCUUCCCAUCAAUUUGUCUCAGCUGCAAGGAGUUAUUGGUGUUCAGAAUUACUCUCUGUUGGCCUGCAAGUUUUGACAAAGCUUGAAAAUUUAUAUGAUUUCUCACACGAGUCAUCCUUCUACCAAAGCAGGUCUCUUACUCAUAUCUACGAGGUAGCAAGUUUUCUCUUGAAUUCCAAGUUUCUGAACAAUCGAUGUGUGGACCAGGAUCUGAUGAAAUUUGUUCAACUUUCAACAAAGCACUUCUUUGGCUACAUAUUUCCUCUUGAUUGGCGAGAAUCACUAAGAGAGAACAUGAUCUCUCUGAGGGGAACUGAAAUCUCAAAGAAUUUACUUGAAGAGGUUAUAUUUGAGAUGAUAAGGUCAAAGAAUAGCUUGUCUUAUGGGGAAACUGGAAUGGUGGCAUUGAUAAUUCUUGGAUCUGAUCAGCUAAGCAAUGAACUAUAUGGGAAGAUUCUUGAAGGUUUAGAAUGGAAUACAGAAUGGAGGAACUUCAUUGGGAGUCUCAAAGAGGAUAGAGGUUCACCCCCAGUUUCUGCAACUGGCCCUAUCAAUAAAUUUCCCGGGGUAAAUAGAAGCUCAGAAUCUACAACUGGAUCUGCUGCUAGUCAUAUUGAAGAAAGUGGGAAUGCGAAGCCAAUUAUUUUCAAGUUCCAUGGAGCGUUACAAGAUACUUAUAAAGCUAACUGGAGGAGCAUAUCUGAUUAUAUGUCACCAGUUUGUUUCUUGUAUCUUGUUGAGCGCUAUCUGGUUUUGCUAUCCUACUCCAAAGGAUACUUUUUCACCACCAAGGCUACUUUUGUGGAAUGGCUUAUCUACCAGGAUGGGAUACCCAGCUCAACUCCCAGUUAUGUGGCUGUUAAGCAGCGAUCUUUGGAAGUCAUUCUUAAAUUUGUAAUUGAAAUGGUCCAGCAGUUCCUCUAUUGUAAACGAGAGACAGUAGAUUGGAUCAGAAAAUCUCAUACAAAUGUGAGGGAGUACCAUUCACUGGUGGUUUUGAGAUUGGUUGUCAUUUUAUGUUUGCUUCAUUUGAACUUUGGUACGUGUCUCAAUGUACUUUUUGACUUGCUGGGUCAAAAGCAUAUUACGGAACUACUGCCCUGGGAUUUCUGUGAUGCUCUUUGGAGAAGGCAGAGAUAUAAUUGUCUCAAUUUUGAUAUAAAUGUGCUUGGUCAAGCAUUCAAAAAUAUUAGAAACCCUCUCAUAAUUGUGAGCAUGGGGGAAAACUGUCCAAAUUUUGCAUGCCAGGAUGCUAUAUUUGUUGAUAUGAAGGUUAAUUCAUGCAAGGAGGAAAUAUUGAGAGUCUUGUUUCCUAAACCUGCUAAUUUGUGUAGUGAAGUACUUCCUCCAGCCAGUUACGAUGAAGGGAAGAGCUCAAAGGUUGUUCCAUCUUUAAGCUCUGGUUCUCUGCCAGAUCAAGACUUGAAUGCACAGAAUCAAAAUGAUAGUGACAUGCUGAUUAACCAUGUCAAGUUUUGGGAAAUUGUUGAAGCAUUUAAGGCACUGGGUGACAUCAGAGAUCAAUGGACCAUUAUGUUAAAUGCUUCAAAAAUGAGGGGGUACCUAGGAAAAUGUAUUUUCCUCCUCAAUGCUGCAACAGAAGGAUGUUUGCAGAAGAAACUUGCAGGUAGUGAAGACGACUACUUCUCAGGGGAGGCAAUCAGCAUGCUAGAUGAAAUGAAGCAACUCUAUACUCAACUGGAACCGAGUGAGCUGAAGCUUGAAGGUAGCAUUUCAAUAAUUGGAGCCCUUUGCGAGGAGCUGCAUUCAGCAAGGUCUGCACUGGAGCCUUUUCUGAAGCAGCUAUUCUUGCAGCAAGAUGAAAAUCUUAUAUCUGAUGAAUCUGUGGCCAAUGUGAUGUGUAUGACUGAGGAAUGCAGUAGGGGUAAGAAGCCAGCUUCAGAAGCUACUGUGACUUGCAAACCUCGAGGGAACCAUAAAUCUAAGAAAAACAAGAGGAAUCUGGCCGAAUACAUAGGAAGAUAAGCAUUCCAAAAAUUCUAGAGAACUUAACUAACUAUAUUCACAGUAGUAUAUAACAUACUUUGCUUAUGGAAUAGACCUUUAAUUUUUGGAGAGUUAUCAUAGAACUUGUGCUAUGACUUGAGAACACAUCCAUUCUUAUUUUA